AUGGAGCACGUCCAGCGAGCGCUUCACAAGAAACAUGGCCAGCUCAUUCGUAUCGCUCCGAACGAAUGCGCCUGUUCCGAUCCCCAGGCUAUUAGGGACAUCUAUCGAACACAGGGGCCUCUGACCAAGACCGACUUCUACCAUGUCUGGACUGGAGGCAUGUCCAAGUACCCAGAUCACUUUGCCGUUGUUGAUGAGAAGCUGCACGCUCAAAGGAGGCGAACGGUCAACCAUGUGUACAGUCUCUCGAAUAUUCUACAGUCGGAACGCCACAUCGACGACUGCAUAAAGGUGAUCAUGUCGAAAUUCAACGAGCUCGCGAAUGGAUCUACGCACGUCGAUAUUGGUGAAUGGAUGCAAUGGUAUGCCUUUGACGUGAUUGGCGAGCUCUACUUUGGUAAGAUGUUCGGGUUCAUGCAGAACUCCCACGAUCACGGUAACUACAUCGAGUCUCUCGAUAACCUGAUACCGCCAAUCGCGAAGGCCAGAAAGGCAAUGUCGGCCAUCGGACACAUCUCGACCGCGGCGAAAGAUUGUGUCGGUCGUCGCCUCAGAGGUGAAGACGAUGUUGAACGACGGGACAUCCUCAACCAGUUGCUGGACAUCGUGGCCAGCAAAGGCGAGAAGGACGAUUUCCAGGUUCCCGAGGUUGAGCAGGAGGCUUACUCUGGGCUAUUCGCUGGCUCGGACACCACGGCGAUUGCACUUCGUGCCGUCUUGUACUACCUCAUGAAGCAUCCGGCAGCUUACCAUAAGUUGCAGACGGAGCUGGACCGAGCGACCGAAGAGGGUAUACUUAGCCCGAUCGUACAGUACAACGAGGCUAUCAAGUUACCAUACCUCUGCGCAUGCAUCAAAGAAGCAAUGCGAUUACAUCCGAGUGUCGGCUUGACCAUGCCGCGGAUUGCACCUGUGGGUGGCUUGAGCGUGGGCGGACAUACCGUCCCCGAAGGCUAUAAUGUCGGCAUGAAUGCUGCGGUAGUCCACAGAGAUGUUACGGUCUUCGGACCUGAUCCCGACGCAUUCCGACCUGAGAGAUGGUUGGCUGGCGACGGCGACCUUGAUGAAAAGGCGUCUAGCCUGAUGGGCCGGUCUCUGCUCUAUUUUGGCGCAGGAACUCGGACUUGUAUCGGCAAGAAUAUCUCAUUGAGUGAGUUGCACAAGCUCACACCGCAGAUGCUUCGAGAAUUCGAUCUGCAACUGGUACAACCAGAUCUGGUGUGGGAGACCACAAAUGCCUGGUUCAAUAAGCAGACGGGGAUAGUUGUGACCAUGAGGAAGCGUGGCCAACAGCACUGA